GUGCGAGGGGGCACUGAACGUGCAUUACAGCUAAAUCCUGAAAUACUGCCAUUUCUUGUAUUCACAAACGAGCCCAUCAUGGAUUACAUUCUAAUUUGUAAUUGGACUUUGGAAUAUCGAUAUAUUUGAAGCGACUCUCGCAUCAGCUCCCAGAUCCAAGAUAAAGAUUUUUUGGAAUUCUGUUAAAGGCUGUAGACCGCUGCGACCUCCAUGCUCUGAUGGGUGAAUCGGGAUCGCGCCGCUCCACCCUGGUCUCCCGGCUGCCCAUAUUCCGGCGGAGCGCGGGCAAGCGGCAGGACUCCCUGCCCUCGUCCCCGUCGUCGGGCGGCGUGGGCAAUGGCGUCCACACCUCCUCCCCCUCCAGCACCAACUCCAGCUCCAGCAGCACGGGCAAGCGGCGGAGCCUGUUCCGCACGCCCUCCAUCAGCUUCCACACCAAGCGGCACAGCGAGCCGCCGCGCCCCGAGGCCCCGCUGCUGGGCAACGGCGGGCAGGCGCCGGACGCCGCCUUCCAGAGGGCCGAUGACUCCGGCCGGGGCAAGACCCGCCACUCGUUCGGGUUCGGCGGGCACCGGCACAAGAAGAUCUCCAGGUCCCAGACGGAGGACUUCGAGAAGGCCCCGAGCAACCGCAGCGUCUUCAUCAACUGCAUCAGCUCGGCGACCAACGAGGCCGACGACUCGGGCUUCCUGGACGACUACAGCGGGAGCCGGAGGUCCUCCAAGCACCGGAAGCAGCUGCUGCCCAAAUCCUUCUCCUCGCACCACCGCUUCUCCAAGCACGCCCCGGCGGAGGCGGCCCGGCCGCAGGACGGCCCAGCGGGGGAGCCUCCCAAACCGGGCACCCCGGGCUCCUGCCCCGGCGAGCUGGGCGAGAGCUCCCUGCAGUCGCCCAUGUUCUCGGAGGACCGGACCACGGCCGUCACCCCGUCCGAGUUCGUCCCCGCCACGGAGGACUCCGUCUCGGAGGUGGACCCCCUCCCCGCGCUCACCCCGCCCGCCCCCUCCGACCCCGCCGCCCCCGACCCGGCCCCCCGCCCCCCGUUCCCGCCCUUGGCCCCCCCCACGGACGACCCGCCUCCCGGAGAGGCGGAGCCUCCUCCCGACCCCGCCCCCCCCAGCGCGGAGCCGCCCGCGCCCCCACAGGGGGAGGAGCCCCGCUCGCCGGCCGAGGGGGGCGCGCUAAACGGGGGGCUUCCGGAAACGAGCGGUUCGGACCCGGACGACAGGCCCGGGGAGCGGGCGGGGCGGCGGCCCCGGAACACGGUGGUCAUUCAGGAGCCUGGGAGAGGGGCGGGCUGCGUCAAACCUGAGGCCAGGCCCACGCACCUGAGGAAGCCGCACGCAGGCUCUGUGUGCAGCAGUGUCAGCCCGUACCGUGAGGCCGUGCGGAUGGAGAGGAGGCUCCGCUCGGCGUCGGAGGGGGCCGGGGGCCCGCGCCUCCACCUCAACCUCAAGGACCCGCACUACUCCGAGGGCCUGGCCCUGCUCAAGCAGAGGGCCGGCUCGUCCUCCUCCAAGCUCGGCAGCCUGGAUGUCCUGAACAACCUGGGGUCCUCAGAGUUGGACGAGGACGACCUGAUGCUGGACAUGGAUCUCUCUGACGACCAGAGUGUGCAUUCAUCUGUGUUUUCCAGAGAAGAUUCCAGUCAGUCCCUCGCUUCCUGCUUGGCCCUCCUGCACUCUCCCAUAGAACCGUCUUCUGACAAAGUCUUUGGCAAAGACCCCCGUGGAAUGGAGUCCUCCCUCAGAAAUGCAGCCUCAAACUUGCUACUAGGAACCACCACCAUGCUUCACUGUCGUCUGCAGAUACUCAUUCUUGCACCGCUCUCCAGCCCUUCGGCGAACAAACUGCCUUCUGCUACAGCCAAAGAUUUCAAAUUUUGUCCUUGGCUGACCACUGCAUCUACGAUCCUCAACGUUCCCCGUUUCUUUGUGCUUCUUCAGCAGAGCUUGGACAGCACAUCUGGAAACCCCGAGGCCGCCAGUAUUUCAUCGACCUCCACCGUAGGCCUAAUCGGCAGACGGAGACUAUUAACGGCGGCGUUCGAUGAUGCAGCGGACGCGGCCGGCCGUUCUCCGAAACCGCCCAGUGGCAUUCGCACUCCGGGGAGGCGCGCCCCGUGCCCCGGCCCGCCCCACGCCAUCGUCAACGGCCGGCACGUCGAGAGACGCGUCGGAGAGCGCGACAAAAGAGACCGGCCUCGACCUGGAAUCAGGGACGGACCCCCCAGGGAGACGAGGCCCGCCUCCCUGCUGCCGGCCGAUUGGUGCUUCCCGCGGGAGGAGGAGCUGGCUGGGCUGGACGGACUCCCGUUCCGGCUGAUGAUGCAGGACUGCACGGCCGUCAAGACCCUGCUGCUGAGGCUCAGGAGGACCCUGCAGGAGAGCACGGACACAAGCCCCGCCAGCAGCCUCCACUCUCUUCCCAUCAGCCCCUGCAGUGAAAAGUCACUCCCCUUUAAGGAUCCUGGGAGAGAUGAGAGCCAGUCCCUCUUCCUGCUGCUGAAGGACAAGGACGAGCUGAUCGUGAGACUGCAGAGCGAGCUGGACAAAGCCAAUUCAGCUCAGAGUCCCUCUGGUCAGAAAGUUGACAAGUCCACGCAGACGGAACUUGGAGCCCCAGAGGCUGCUCACCCAAGCAGAGUCGCAGGCCUAAACAGCAGCACAAGGGACCGAAGGCUGGUGCGCUCGCUCGCCGACCAGCACAUCCGCCCGCUGGCCUGCCAGGACCGGAGCCGCCCCGCCCUGGGGGAGGCCCCGCGGAGGCCCGGGGCGGAGCCGGCGUCCGCGUCGCCGCGGGAGAGCCGAAAAGCGGACGGGCCGCCCGCCAGCCAGAUCCCGCGCGCGGCCUGCGGCAGCACCGCCAGCCUGCCGGCCCGGGGCUCCCCCUCCCGCAGCCUGUCCUCGGACAGCGAGCGCGGGCCCCGCAGUGAGCGCGCCGGCCCCCCGCCCCGCCAGGCCCCGCCCGCCUUCGCCGGCCGCCUGGGCCAGCCCCCCCGCGGGCCCCUCUCCCUGCACAUGUACAGCCGCAAGAACGUCUUCCUGCAGCACUCGCUCCACACCGCCGAGCUGCAGGCCCUGGCCCAACACGACGGCUGA